CGUCGCGUGUAGGCACUGGGCUGCCCCGGACAGCCGCCUGACUGCUUUCUUCCCCGAGAGCCUCGGCAGCGGCGAAGCUCCCGUCGGGAUCGACCCCGCGCGGAUUGCCCGUCAAAGCCGCGCGGAGACUAGAGGAUCCGGACAGGCCACGGCUGCGGGGAGCGCGGUGGCCGCCCUUCCCGAAUCAGGCGGGGCUGCCCGCGGUGGGGGCGAAGCGGUGGCCAUGGCUGGCGGCUGCCCCGCAUCAGUCGAGCCCCGGCGGCCGGGCUGAGGCGGCUGCGGCCCGUUCCUCCCGCCGCCCGCGGCCUCUUUCUUCCCGGCCGCGAGAAGAGUGCUCCCGGGCCUCCGCUUCCCCGCCGUCCCGCUCCCCUUCCUCGGCUGCUGGGCGGGGAUGAGGCGGCAGCCCGGUGGAGGCGGUGGUGGCGGUGGCGGUGGCAGCGGCGGCGGCGAAGGGGGAGGCGGCAGCGGCGACGGUAGUGGAGGCAGCGGGGACAACGACGCCGACGACUCCGACUUGGAGGGGCGGCCCCCCGCCUAGCCCCCCCUGCGCGCCCCCCGAGCCCCCCGAGCCGGGCCUGAGGCGGCGGCGGAGGAGGAGGAGGAGGAGGAUGUCGGAGGAGCCCGACGCGGAGAGGAUGAUCAAGGAAACUUCUAUUUUGGAAGACUACCACAUUAACUGGACUCAGAAGCUGGGAGCUGGAAUCAGCGGCCCAGUAAGAGUCUGCAUCAAAAAAUCAUCUCAAGAACGGUUUGCACUGAAAAUCCUUCUUGAUCGCCCAAAAGCGAGAAAUGAGGUCCGACUUCACAUGAUGUGUGCGGCACACCCCAACAUUGUCCAGAUUAUUGAAGUCUACGCGAACAGUGUACAGUUCCCCCAUGAGUCCAGUCCAAGGUCUCGACUGCUAAUUGUAAUGGAGAUGAUGGAAGGAGGUGAGCUGUUUCACAGAAUCAGCCAACAUCGGCACUUUACUGAGAAACAAGCAAGCGAAGUAACAAAGCAGAUCGCUUUGGCUUUGCAGCACUGUCAUUCUUUAAACAUUGCCCAUCGAGACCUUAAACCUGAAAAUCUUCUUUUCAAAGAUAAUUCUUUGGAUGCUCCCGUGAAGCUCUGUGACUUUGGGUUUGCCAAGAUCGACCAAGGCGACUUGAUGACACCACAGUUCACUCCUUAUUACGUAGCACCUCAGGUCCUGGAGGCACAAAGACGGCACCAGAAAGAAAAGUGUGGUAUUAUCCCUACCUCACCAACCCCAUACACUUAUAACAAGAGCUGUGACUUAUGGUCCCUGGGGGUCAUCAUUUACGUGAUGCUGUGUGGGUAUCCACCCUUCUACUCGAAGCAUCACAGUCGGACGAUUCCGAAGGACAUGAGGAAAAAGAUCAUGACGGGGAGCUUUGAGUUCCCGGAGGAAGAGUGGAGCCAGAUCUCAGAAAUGGCGAAAGACAUCGUGCGCAAGUUGCUGAAGGUGAAGCCAGAAGAGAGACUGACGACAGAAGGCGUUCUGGAUCACCCAUGGCUCAACUCGACCGAGGCGCUCGAUAACAUUCUGCCUUCUGCCCAACUAAUGAUGGACAAGGCCAUGGUUGCCGGCAUCCAGCAGGCACACGCAGAGCAACUGGCAAACAUGAGAAUACAGGAUCUCAAAGUCAGCCUCAAGCCCCUGCAUUCGGUCAACAACCCGAUCCUACGGAAAAGGAAACUGCUGGGAACAAAACCAAAGGAAAACGUGUACAUCCAUGAUCCUGAGAACAGCAACGUUGCUCUGGAGAAGCUACGGGAUGUGAUUGCUCAAUGCAUCCUGCCACAGGCUGGUAAAGGAGAAAACGAAGAUGAGAAACUGAAUGAAGUUAUGCAGGAAGCUUGGAAGUAUAACCGGGAAUGUAAAUUACUCAGAGACACCCUGCAGACUUUUAGCUGGAAUGGCAGGGGGUUCACAGACAAAGUGGACCGGCUAAAACUGGCAGAAAUAGUGAAGCAAGUUAUUGAAGAGCAGACGACUUCUCACGAGUCGCAGUAGCUGGAGCUGCUUGUUCUUAUCCAGUCACCCACACUCUCGCCCGUUUUUUUUUUAAAGACCAUUUUGUGAAUUAUCUGUUAAAGCAGGCUUGCCCAACCGGGCGCCUUCCCAGAUGUUCUGGUUUGGGAUGAUAACGGUGGAAGGCACCCGGCUGGGCAAGGCUGCUGUAAACUGUAAAAAGUAUUUUUAUGUAAAUUAAUGAGUCAUAAUUAUUUCAUUAAAUUUCCACACAGCUUGAGAAAUGCUGUAUAGAUGUAGAUAAUGAGAAUCAUUGGUACUGUAAUAUUUUUUUAAGAAACUCAGUUCCUCAAAAUUAUAUAUAUAUAUAUAUAUAUAUAUUAUAUAUUACAUGAUUUUUACGUACCCCUUCAUUCAUGGUUUUAAAUGGGGCAAAUGGUUAACUGUGUUCACCUGAAUGUCCAGAUUGAGGCAAUAUCUCUCCAGCUGCCUGUCGUAGGGGGGUAUACCAGCUCAGUUCUGGGGGUCUCUCUCGGCUUUCAUCUCAAUAACUUACUUGAAGAAACCAGCCAGAGGCGUAUGGGCUACUCGGCUGCCUGCUGAUUCAAGGCAGCCCUAUAAAAAGUUGUGAUUACUACAAAAUAGCCCUGUGUUUCUGGAUCUUGAGACUCUUUCUUGAGCCCAGGGUUGCCUUUUCCUAUUGCUUUUUACCGCAAAGUGAAGGAAGACAGAAAUGGUGGCUUGUGGCUUUUCACCAGUUCAGCCUGUUUCUAGUGUUCUGACAACCUAUUUGCUUUUGAAGCCUGGAGGCAGCCCUACAGAACUACUCUGGUGCCAUUCCCUGUGUCCUGGGGCCGCUGAAAUGCCAAUCCAAGGUUCUAUGUGGGCUUCUCAUUGGCCACCACGAUUCUGUGGUUUGCUAUCUCUGGGGUAAUGUGGGUUUUUUUUUUAUCCUUCCUUGCCUGGCUUCUGUUUCUGCUCUUGGGCUCAUCCCUCAAAUGCUGCCUUGUGGACUUUCCAUAUUACGGCUGCUGGUUGCGUCCCUGCAGUUUUUAUUGAGAACCAUUUGAUGGGGAGGCCUGCAAGUGUCUGGCUUUAGGUUUGGUUUUAGUCCCUUUAGUUUUUAACAGGAAGCACAGGAGGGCUGUUAGGGCUAAACUACAUCUGGAAAGCUGGAAUCUCUGUCUAGUGCUAGUGCAGUUGAUAAUCUCAAGACUUUACAUCUGGUCUACAGACAUACUGUACAAAGAGAAUGCAUUAUGAAACGGGACGGGGAAAUUUUCUUUGGAGAUGCCCACAGGGAUAAAUGAAGCCACACCAGAGAAGGAGCCUUUUAAUCUGGAGAAACAAAGUCCUCAGCCAGAAAAAAAACCCUGCAGAAGUAGGAAGAUAUUUUUCACCCUCUGCAGAAGGCCAAAGUGAGCUCACAUUUAGCACCCGUUUGUCAAUAAUUUUCUGCUGUGAUUAAUUUUUUCAGUCAGCGAAGCAGAACACUCCGAUUCUUCUGCACACACAGUGUUUUCCCACCAAGGAUGCCCAUGAGGUGGCAUUUGGCUUUUGUGCAGCAAAUUACAUUCAUGGCUUGGAAAAUAUUUCAUAAUAUUUUCCUUGAGGCUUCUGUUUCUCUGUUUCCUCUGGCUUGUGGGAAAUUUUAAAGGGUUGGAGUCUGACUCCUUUUUGUAGAAGUACUGUAUCAAAACAUACUUGUCCUUGCCUCAAUUUCCCCAGCCACCAGCUGAGGAAGGAUCAGAGAUCCCAAGAAUUCCCUGGUGGUCUAUACUUUCUAUGGGAAGGGGCUGGAUCCACAAAUAGCUGCUCCCAGAAGACGCCCCCCCCCAAACCAGUUUCAUUUUUUGGAUGUGGUCAAAAAAUGAGACUGAGGAUGAAAUACUUUAUUUAGUUUUAUUUAAUUUUUCUUUGACUAUUCUGGGGAAUUUUUUGAGAUUAUUUUUUUACUUUUCUCUUUGCCUGCUACCAUUACUCGUUUGAAUGUGGCUCGGGCUGGGCUCUUUUGAUCAAUUAUUCUUUGCAUCUCUUGUAUGUACUACUAAUUCUACACAAGAGUAGGCCCUGGAUUGCCACCUUGGAAGAAACGAGGUGGGUCAACAACAUUGACAGCUCUGCAAUGGGCUUCCGAGAAGUGCCUGUCUCAGUUUUUGCUGUCUCUGCUGAGUGGGCUAAAGAGGAUAGGAAUUAUCUGCCAGGGUGGCUACUUGGUGGAAUACGACAGGAGGCGAAAGGAUGGAAGUCGUGUCCCCCCGAAUGAUGAUUCGGUUCUGACUUUCCACCCUUGCGUGAGUUCUGCAUGAUGCUGUAAAUACAUUAGCUUUCCCCGACUUGGAUGCCUCCAGAUGUGUUGGGGCUACAGCUCUCAUCAUUGGGGGUUGGGUAUUGUAGUCCAGUGGUUUUGGGGAGCCUCUGCUUUGGGAAGGUUGGUGUAGAGAAUAGCUGUGGUUGUCAGAAACCACUUUUCCUUUGUGAGGGAAAAAAGGGCAUCUUUUAUAAAAAACACGACGGUGUACCUUGAUGGUCCUGGAAAUGGAUUUUACUGGGCUUCCCUUGUAAAGCUUUUCAUAUUCAUCUCCGUCUUGAUUUCUUUCUUGUACCUGUGGAAGGAAAAAUCAGCACUCUUGCUUAUGAUGGGCGAAACCCCUAGUAACGUUGAUCCUUAGAGACAGAAUCCAGGAGAAAAUGUUUUGAGACCGGAAAUGGUGUUGUGCAUGUAUGUUUUCAGCCACACCGUAGCCAACCUUCUGUCAUGCCUUCCUCACCCUCCUUUGGCUUUCCCCACUUUUAAGCGUUUUGCUGUAUCACCGUUUUGUUUUUCAAAUCAGUAUUAUAUGAAUGUAAAUAUUAUGCAUUGGUGUACAUAAAAUAAUUUUAGUAAAAUUUA